AUGGGCACCAUUCUGCAGCCACCACGCCCCCUCGUCCUGGACGACACUCUCCAGGACCUGCGAGUCCAGGUCCAGAAGCUCGACCUCAAAAUCAAACGAGACUCAUCGCCACCAUCAGACAAGCCGCGGACUCUCCCCUCUUUGCAUCUCCAGGCGUCUGAGCGACCGUCUCGAUCGGAAAUGUCCGCCGUGGACUCUGCAGCCGACAAAAUCACCAGUAGCCUGGGCAAAAACGGAUUCAACUCGACGUCGCCCUACGACGACGUGCGGGUCGUACUGGCGCGAUACGAGGAUACCAUCGACAGCAUCAUGAGCGAGGACGACGACGCAGACGCCAUCGACCCGAUCGGACUCGUGGCAUGCAUUCUAGAGCCCCAUAUCAUCAGCAAGAUGCACCGACGGCUGCAACGGGGCUCCUUCUCAGCCGACCCGUCGGACCUGGACAGCCCCAUCGAGUGGGAGAAGGUCAAGGCGUGGCUGGUGGGCAAGUAUUCGCGGUUCGAGUCCGAUGCGGCCUGCAUCGACGCCAUGAAGGAGCACUUCUACGAGGUCAUGCCCGGCUCCAUUGCAUUCAGCAGCACCCUGGUGCUCCAAGAGAAGCUGGGCCGUAUCGACGUGCUGGCCAAGACCACCAAGGACGAGUCGUUUGACCCCAAGGAGUUUUCGCAGUUUAUGAAGAGCCAGUUCCCACUCGAGUCGCAGGAGUGCGACGUAGAGGAGGUCAACAACAUUGACAAGGCCAGCGAGGCUCUUCAGCAGCUGUUUGCUGUGGGCAAGCGAAUGCUGGCCGUCAUGCUGGGUCAGGAGUACGAUUACAACGAUGACGACUGUGACUAUGAUUUUUAA